AAAUUGGUCUAAAAUUUAAUAAAACGACGACAGAGUCUUAUUUAAGCAAGUGACUCGGAUCUAUUGUUAUAAGUAUUUUUAAAAACUAGUCAGAGGACAUUAAAAAUUGUAACUAAAAAAAUUUCACCAGCUACACAUAGAAUGAACGUUACUCUCACCGCUGUGGUUUUAUUGACCACAGCUGCACUUUGUUAUGCAGCUGAUGCAGAGUGUAAGUACCGUAAGUCUCGUAAGUUGGCACUUCACUGGCCGGAUCCUACUGAUUGCACUCGCUACUAUCGUUGUACGAAUAGGAGUAUAAAAAGAGAAGUAGUUUGCGCCGAAGGCAAGGUAUAUAAUUCGAAGACAGGAAAAUGCUCAAAUAACAUCGAGGGUCUUUGCAAAUUGACACUAGCCAUGCCUUUAGAUGCGAAUAUUAACGUAUGUGCUAAUGAAACCUCUGGUGUUUAUCUUGAUCAACCUGGAUACUGUCGUAAUUUCUAUAUUUGCAACCAAAAUGAAGCUUAUCCUCAAGUUUGCGAUGCUGGAAGUCGCUUCAAUUCUACGACUAGAACAUGCAUACCAGACACUGACUCUGAAUGUUGGCAAAAUAAGUGUAUUGGUGAAAAUAAUGGCACCUAUUUGCCUAAUGAAUCUUCUUGUUCUUCAUUUUAUGUAUGUGCUGCGGGCGAAACAAUCGAACAAGAGUGCGGUAGUGGCAGCUAUUUUAAUAGUUCCAAAAGGAUUUGUCUGCCUGAUCCAGAUGGACAGUUUUGUUGGGAAAACUUAUGCGUAGGCAAAAAAGAUGGAGAGUUUGUGCAAAAUGUAAAAGAUUGCUACAGUUAUUACAUCUGUGUUUCGGCAAAACCAAUCCAGCAAUAUUGUCCAGAAGGCAGCUAUUUCAAUUCGACUGAAAACAGUUGCUUACCAGGCGAGUGUUCACCAGUUACAACCGAGUGUCCAACUACCGAGACAACAGAAUCAACGACAGAAUGCAUUAGCGAAAGCACUGAAUCCACGCCAUCAACAGAAUGUACUGAUGCUACAACACCUACUACUGAGACAACAGAAUCAACGACUGAAUGUACCAGCGAAAGCACUGAAUCCAAGUCAUCAACAGAAUGUACUGAAGUUACAACACCUGCUACUGAGUCAACAGAAUCAACGACUGAAUGCAUUAGCGAAAGCACUGAAUCCACGUCAUCAACAGAAUGUACUGAAGUUACAACAUCUACUACUGAGACAACAGAAUCAACGACUGAAUGUACCAGCGAAAGCACUGAAUCCACGCCAUCAACAGAAUGUACUGAAGUUACUACACAUGCUACGGAAGCAACUUGCGAUUGUCCUGGUGGUUAUAAGGAAGGUGAAUUGAUACCGUUCCCUAACUACCCCGAGAAUUGCGACAAAUAUUAUGAAUGUUCGAACGGAAAACUUGAGGAGAAGGAAUGCGGCGAAGGAAAUGGCUUCAAUAGCACCUUAGGUGUUUGUGAACCCGAUGUUGACCAUAUCUGUUGGCCAGUCGUGACUACUGAAUGUUCCGAAGUUACGACACCUGCUACAGAAGCAACUUGCGAUUGUCCUGGUGGUUAUAAGGAAGGUGAAUUGAUACCGUUCCCAAACUACCCCGAGAAUUGUGACAAAUAUUAUGAAUGUUCGAACGGAAAACUUGAGGAGAAGGAAUGCGGCGAAGGAAAUGGCUUCAAUAGCACCUUAGGUGUUUGUGAACCCGAUGUUGACCAUAUCUGUUGGCCAGUCGUGACUACUGAAUGUUCCGAAGUUACGACACCUGCUACAGAAGCAACUUGCGAUUGUCCUGGUGGUUAUAAGGAAGGUGAAUUGAUACCGUUCCCUAACUACCCCGAGAAUUGUGACAAAUAUUACGAAUGUUCGAACGGAAAACUGGUGGAGAAGGAAUGCGGCGAAGGAAAUAGCUUCAAUAGCACCUUAGGUGUUUGUGAACCCGAUGUUGACCAUAUCUGUUGGCCAAUCGUGACUACUGAAUGUUCCGAAGUUACGACACCUGCUACAGAAGCAACUUGCGAUUGUCCUGGUGGUUAUAAGGAAGGUGAAUUGAUACCGUUCCCAAACUACCCCGAGAAUUGUGACAAAUAUUACGAAUGUUCGAACGGAAAACUGGUGGAGAAGGAAUGCGGCGAAGGAAAUAGCUUCAAUAGCACCUUAGGUGUUUGUGAACCCGAUGUUGACCAUAUCUGUUGGCCAGUCGUGACUACUGAAUGUUCCGAAGUUACGACACCUGCUACAGAAGCAACUUGCGAUUGUCCUGGUGGUUAUAAGGAAGGUGAAUUGAUACCGUUCCCAAACUACCCCGAGAAUUGUGACAAAUAUUACGAAUGUUCGAACGGAAAACUGGUGGAGAAGGAAUGCGGCGAAGGAAAUAGCUUCAAUAGCACCUUAGGUGUUUGUGAACCCGAUGUUGACCAUAUCUGUUGGCCAGUCGUGACUACUGAAUGUUCCGAAGUUACGACACCUGCUACAGAAGCAACUUGCGAUUGUCCUGGUGGUUAUAAGGAAGGUGAAUUGAUACCGUUUCCAAACUACCCCGAGAAUUGUGAUAAAUAUUAUGAAUGUUCGAACGGAAAACUUGAGGAGAAGGAAUGCGGCGAAGGAAAUGGCUUCAAUAGCACCUUAGGUGUUUGUGAACCUGAUGUUGACCAUAUCUGUUGGCCAGUCGUGACUACUGAAUGUUCCGAAGUUACGACACCUGCUACAGAAGCAACUUGCGAUUGUCCUGGUGGUUAUAAGGAAGGUGAAUUGAUACCGUUCCCUAACUACCCCGAGAAUUGUGACAAAUAUUAUGAAUGUUUGAACGGAAAACUUGAGGAGAAGGAAUGCGGCGAAGGAAAUGGCUUCAAUAGCACCUUAGGUGUUUGUGAACCUGAUGUUGACCAUAUCUGUUGGCCAGUCGUGACUACUGAAUGUUCCGAAGUUACGACACCUGCUACAGAAGCAACUUGCGAUUGUCCUGGUGGUUAUAAGGAAGGUGAAUUGAUACCGUUCCCUAACUACCCCGAGAAUUGUGACAAAUAUUAUGAAUGUUCGAACGGAAAACUGGUGGAGAAGGAAUGCGGCGAAGGAAAUCGCUUCAAUAGCACCUUAGGUGUUUGUCAACCUGAUAUCGAAAAUGUAUGUUCACGGAUAAAUUGUGAUGCUCGAAGCUAUAAUGUAAUUGGACGAAGAAAUAGGCGAAGUGUGGACAGAUCUCCGAUUGACACAUUCGAUGCUCCAUUGUGUUUGGGUUUAUACGCCGAGGGGGAGAUAAUUGGAGAUUCUUCAAACUGUAGGAGGUAUCAAAUUUGUGUUAAUGGUGAAAUGAUAUCCGAAGAUUGCGGCUUCGGAAAUUAUUUUAACUCAAAUACUUUAACAUGUAACAUUGAUAUUCAGCAAGUUUGUAUUGGCAAUAACGAGAAUGUCAAUGAAUACCUUAGUACCAAAAAAAGUGAAGAAAUAACUGAUACCAUCUCCAACAUUGGGGUAGAAGAUUGCAGCUGCCCUGGUGGUUACAAAGAGGGUGAAUUGUUACCAUUCCCCAACUAUCCGGAAAAUUGCGAUAAAUAUUACAUCUGCACCGACGGUAGGCUUCAAGAGCGGGAGUGCGGAGAGGGCAAUUAUUUUGACAGUCAACUCGGAGUAUGUGUACCUGAUGUCGAUAAUAAAUGUUGGCCAGCAGAAACGAAUUGUACUUGUCCCGGUGGAUAUAAAGAGGGUGAAUUGUUACCAUUCCCCAACUAUCCGGAAAAUUGCGAUAAAUAUUACAUCUGCACCGACGGUAGGCUUCAAGAGCGUGAGUGCGGAGAGGGCAAUUAUUUUGACAGUCAACUCGGAGUAUGUGUACCUGAUGUCGAUAAUAAAUGUUGGCCAGCAGAAACGAAUUGUACUUGUCCCGGUGGAUAUAAAGAGGGCGAAUUGUUACCAUUCCCCAACUAUCCGGAAAAUUGCGAUAAAUAUUACAUCUGCACCGACGGUAGGCUUCAAGAGCGGGAGUGCGGAGAGGGCAAUUAUUUUGACAGUCAACUCGGGGUAUGUGUACCUGAUGUCGAUAAUACUUGCUGGCCAAAUGUGUGCUAUGGUCAAAUUGACGGCACCUAUGUACCUGAUUCGACAAAUUGUACUUCAUUUUAUCUUUGCCAAGACGGUAAAGGAGAGAUAUAUAACUGUCCACCUGAGAAGUGGUUUAACCCAGUUGAUAAAAUUUGUAUGCCAGACUUUAAUGCAACGUGCAUAAAUCCUUGUAAAGAUACAACAGGAAUUACAUUCUUACCUAAUCCUGAUUGUUCUAAGUAUUUCCUUUGUAAUGACUGCAAACCAUAUGUUGAGACAUGUCCCGAAGGUGGAUUUGAUAUAACCUUGAAUAAAUGUCAUGCAGAUGCUGUUUGUGAAGCUACUUUGUGUGUAGGUAAAAGUGAUGGAACAACAUACCCUUUUGUAGGCAACGACACCAAAUUCUACUUAUGCAUGGGAGGCGUAGCUCAGAUAAGAGAAUGUAAAUCCGGACAAAUUUUCAAUAAAGAUGUGGGAGUUUGCUUGGAAGAGCCUAGCUCACAAUGUAAUCAAACCGAAUGCCAGUCCACUAACCCAGAAGAGAAUGCAUUUGCACCCUUAACAAACACUGAUAACACCGCAUUCUGUUUAUGUCGAGGUGAUUCAGCGUUCCUACAUCACUGUGCAGAUAAUUACACUUUCCGAGCAGACCUCGGAAUAUGCUAUUCGAAUGCACCUUGUGAUCCGGAGUUAUGUGAUUCCUUCCCAGAAAAUACGCGCUCGCAAAAUCGUAACAAUUCACACAGUUUCUGUUUAUGUGUCAGUAAGCAACAAGUUAUUGUUGAUUGCCCGAACAAUCAAACAUACAAUGCAGUCACCCAAACUUGCCAAGUGCUUGAUGAAAGAUGUUCUUCCACAUUUUGCCUUACGGCUCCGGAGUAUAGCACUUUCCCAGCAUUGAAUAAUGAUACAGAUGGUUUCUGCGAAUGCAUUAGUUCCGGCACCACAUAUAAGUUGUGCGGAAACGAUAAGAAAUACAAUGCGGAAAAAGGAAUAUGUCUUCCAGAAAUUGGGGAUGAUUGCAGUAGUUCACUUUGUUCAGGAAAUGCUGGAUUGAUAUUUGGUGCUGCAAGUGAUCCUCACUCUUUCUGUUACUGUAUCAACGAUGGAUUAGCAAUUAAGCAGAAUUGCCCAAAUUCUGAGAUAUUCAAUGAGACUUUGUUAAUAUGUCAGGCGGUGGGUUGUGAUGGCGAAAUUUGUUUGACGAAUCCAUCCGGCGCGUUUCCAGCUUUAAAUGAACCAUAUGCUUUUUGUGUCUGUGGAAGUUCAGAUCCAAGCUCAGUAACUAAACACGAUUGUGCGAAUGGAACUCGUUUCGAUCCAUACUACUUAUUCUGUAAAGAGGAUCCUUGCGACAAGAGCUUUUGUUCCAAUUCAUCCAAUAAUGGCAUCCCAUAUCCAGCAAAUAAUUACCAAUACGGAUAUUGCGUGUGUAAGAGUGGAAUACCCGAGUUGGUUUCUUGUUCUGACGGAAACCUGUUUAAUCCUGUUUCCAGACAGUGUGAAUCCUCAAGCACUGUGGAGUGCGAUGUAGCUCAAUGUGCUAAUACGACAUCAGAAUACCCUUUUGCCAUUGCAGCUAAAAACGAUACACAUGGAUUUUGUUACUGCUUUUCUUCGACCGAAGUUGAAUUCUUCUUGUGUCCAGAUAAUGCUUUAUUUGACCCGAUUAGCGAGAUUUGUAAUAUAAGCUGUACAAAGAGCGCGAAAUUAUUAGAACUAAAUCAAGGAAUCUCCACCGUGAGCUGCCUAGGUACUUACGACGAAGGGGAAUACGUCCCACAUCGUACUAACAAUCAACUGUUCUAUGUAUGCUAUAAUGCAAAGCUUCUGGAGGGCGAUUGUGGUGCAGGAAAUAUCUUCGACCAAGAUAGUCUAACUUGUCAGCCUUUGGACAAAAGGGUUAUGCACCAAAAUAAAAGUAUAAUGCGCAUGGGAGAGAUUCCAGAAAAUAAUGUAAGAACUCUGACGAUUUUGAAAAAUUACCUAAAAAAAUUCCCAUACUUCUAAAGUUGUCAAUAAGACUCGCCUCUUUAAAAACAUGAUUGCUAAAUACUACAAUUUAAGCAAAUAUACUUGAAUAAUUAAUAAAACACUUAUAUCUAAAGCUAUAUAAAAUAAUAGUAUAGAAAUUCCGCUUGCUUCAUAUUCAUUAAAUCUUUUAACUACACGUACGUACAGUUAUCUCUCCAGUAGGUAAAUAAAAGUGCUGUUACAUAAUGAUAUUUUAAA